GGAAAGACACAGAGGGGUUAAAGUAUAAAUGCAGUGAGUGACAGAUCAUUCACGUCCAGUCUGGUCGUAGGAAGGUUUGAGGCAGCCACAAGAUGAUUGGCCUGAUUGUUUUCACACUACUGGGCGCUGCAGCUGCAGCCCCUACAGAUGACAGGAUUGUAGGCGGCUACAAGUGCGAGGCCCAUUCCCAACCCUGGCAGGUGUCUCUCAAUAUUGGCUACCAUUUCUGUGGCGGCUCCCUCAUCAACGACCGAUGGAUCAUCUCUGCUGCUCACUGCUGGCAAAACCCCUUUUCCCAGAUCGCGGUCUUGGGUGACAACCACAUCUGGAUGCACGAGGGCACGGAGCAGCUCAUGCCUGUGGAUGCCAUCUACUGGCAUCAGAGUUACGACUACAGGACCCUGGACUAUGACAUCAUGCUGAUGAAGUUGGCCCACCCAGCCACCGUGAACCAAUACGUCAAACCUGUCGCCCUGCCCAAAGCCUGCCCCGCACCCGGGGACAUGUGCACAGUGUCCGGAUGGGGGAACAUCUACACUGAUCAAGUGUUCAACCCAUUUUACCUCCAGUGUGUGAACGUCCCCAUUCUGUCUCACAAGGACUGUGACAGCUCCUACCCCGGCAAGAUCACUGACCGCAUGGUGUGCGCCGGUUACCUGGAGGGAGGCAAGGAUGCUUGUCAGGGUGACUCUGGUGGUCCUCUGGUGUGUAAUGGGGAGCUGCAGGGUAUCGUCUCUUGGGGCCAGGGCUGCGCUCAGCCCAACUACCCGGGCGUUUACACCAAAGUCUGCUCUCUGAUGCCCUGGAUCAACGACAUUCUCUCCAGCUACAGCUAGGCUGUCAUCUGUUAUCAUCACAGAUCUACAGGAGGGAGGCAAAACCAGAGAGAGGGAGAGAGAGAGAGGUGAAAUUGAAGGAGACGGAGACAGGAGGUGGUGGUGGGUGGUGUCAGGGAGAAAAGCAGCGAGAGAUCAGCUGAGAGGGCGCCACGAGAAGAAAAAGUGUGAGAGAGGGAUGUGUUUAGUCAGGACACGAUCAAUAAAAUCUUUCCUUUUGUGAAGCA